AUGGCGAAAAGACACAGCCAUUAUCAAGGAAGUAGAGGCAGGCAUGCACGUGGUGGUAGUAAUUCCAAGAGAGGUGGCAAGGGAAAUGCUAAAGGUCCUUCAACGGGCAGGAACACAAAGAAAAAGUCAGUUCCUACAAAUAAUUGGCACAACUCGUCUGUUCCACUGGGAGGAGGGGACCUUGCUGACCUAGGUGCAGAUUUCAACCCGGGGAGAGCGUUAAUAUCUUCUAAGACCAUAGAGGACUAUUAUUUUGGUCGCGAUGCCAAGAGUCGGUCUAUGAGAAUGGGUGGCAUGAGACCAGGCCACCGUAAUGACUCUUCAAACAAUUUACAGGAAGGCAAAGCAACCUUUCGCAAAAGACCCAUGGAAUUUGUCAAAGCUAAAGAAGUCUACGAUCCAUCUCAUGAUAUGGUUCAAAAACUCCAGGAAAAAAGUCUUGCUGCUCAUAACAGGGACCUCGCUGACACGAAAGCACCAGCUGAUGAAGAAACUACAGAGCAGGUUUACACCGCCCAAGACGUAGGCAAUGAAUACAUCAGAAGCGAAGAUGAUGAAAGCCCGAUAUCACCACCGUCUUUGUCCUCACUCUCCUCUUCCACUUCUGAGAUUAAAGACACCGAACUUUUCUUUGUAGAUGAAGAAGGCCAAAAACGACUAGAUUCAAAUAAAAUAAAACGGGUCCGUAUUGAAGAGGUUCUAAAACCCAAGGAAAUCGCAGUAGAGUUCAAUCCUAUCUUAACAAUCGGAAAGGUUGAACUUAAUGUUGCAGAAGGUGACGAAAAUGAAGAUGUUGGAGUUGAUGUUCCUAAUAAAGGUAGUAAGACAUAUCACCCAUUUGCUGAUUACAUUUCAGGUGUGAUGCAAAAUAUGGAAAACAACGAUUCAAGCGAUGAUGAACUUGCUUAUGAGAUAGAAACUGAAAACAGUAGCGACGCUCAGUACGAACGUUUUGACGAUAGUGACGUCGAAGACGAAUCUUAUUUUGACGAUUACUAUUUGAACGCUCCAAAUGAUGUUAGUCUUUUACCAAGUCCCAGCCCACAAUUAACUCAAGAUAUAAAAUCCCUUUCGACCAACGGCAAUAAAGCGCCUGAAGACCAAGAUGGCAAUGUACAAUCACCUGUGAGUGAUGAAGUAGAGUUCGGAUUCAAAGAAGAAGACUUUGUUAUAAAUACAAAUGACAUAGUGGUCACUAAUAUUAGGAUGGGUGGAGCCGAUAAUUCAUACUACUUGCAAUGUUAUCGAUUACUGGGAGAUUACGAUUUUCAUUGGAUUGAUCAGGACCUGCUUGCUGAUUUCAUUAUAGAUGACUUGGGUCUUCCUGAAUAUAGAUUAUCCGCAUAUUUGAAUUUUGUCAAAAAUUCUCUUAUACCAAAAGUUGAACCACCUGAGCCAACCUACUCUGAUAUCCAGAUUUCCGAUUCCAGUGACGAAGAAGACAAAUAUGAUGAAGAUUUAGACUCUUCAAUUGUAUAUAGUGAUAUGGAAGAGGGGUUGAACGAUCUUAUUGCAUACACAUUGAAGCAUGACAUUGAUAGAUCCAGGACUUUUGAAAGCAAGUCUUUGGAAACUAAGGGUAAAGGCAAGAAGAAGAAGCUACUGAUAGAUGAAUCAUUGGCAUUGGAUACAGAAACAAUGAUCACACUACAAAAUAAACUAAGCAAGCGUCUAGAAAACAAGGCAAAGAAGAGAAAAGACAAGGAGGACUUUAUUGAUAAAGAGAAUAAGAAUUCAGAUGAUCUGUUCAAGAAAUACCCAUACGGUUUCCAUGUUCAGAAUAUAAGGGACGAAUUUGAGUUAUUUUUGUCAAGAAACAAAGACAGGCUCACCUUUCCUCCAUUAGAUCCUCAUGGAAACAAAACAGUUAUGAAACUUGCCAAACACUAUAACAUGAAGACUUCAAAAAUUGGGAAAGCUAAUCACACAUCUGUAGUGGUCGAAAAAGUAAAAAAAACAAAAUGGUCCACCCCAAGUCAUAACCUUAUUGACCAAUUGUUAAGGCAGAGACCAGUAUUUAUGAGAAUCGAUGUGAAAAGGCCAAGAGAAGAACAAGCUGUGUUUGAAAGAACUAAAACGAUCAGAGGAAAAUUCCAAAUCAAAGAAGGCGAGAUUGUUGGGAAAGACGCCCCAGAAAUUGGGAACGAAAAUAUUGGCAGAAGAAUGCUGGAAAAACUUGGUUGGAGAAGUGGAGAGGGUCUCGGUAUUCAAGGUAAUAAGGGUAUUAGCGAGCCUAUCUUUGCCAAAAUCAAAAAGAGCAGAUCGGGUUUGAGGCACAGCGACAAUUAG